GUGGUAAUAAUACGGGUGUAGAUGGCAAUAAUACGGGUGAUGAUAAUACAGGUGGUAAUAAUACGGGUGUAGAUGGCAAUAAUACGGGUGAUGAUAAUACAGGUGGUGAUAAUAUUGGUAUAGAUGGCAAUAAUACAGGUGGUGAUAAUAUGGAUGGUAAUAAUAUGAAUAUAGAUGUCAAUAAUACGGAUGGUGGUAAUACAAAUGACAUGAGUGGUUAUUAUAUAGGUGGCGUUAAUAUUCUUAAUGAAUAA